UUCAUAAAUAGUUAUUUACGUAACAUUUAUGAGCUGUCCACAAGACGUCUUAAUCUAUGUGAAGUGUUAUCCUACACUUGCGUGUCUUUCAAAUUUGUAAAUCAAAUUGUCAUUUACUGGAUCUUAUUUACGUAAUAAUUCGUUUUAGUAACACAAUUCUUGGAUAACCUUUUCAAAGGUCAACGUUAACUUAUAACGUUAGCUCAUUCUUUAAUUUAAUGCAAGUAUUGUGUUCUUGUCUUCGACCUCAGUUGAUAAACAAUUCUUGAACGAACAUUAUCGAUUAGAGUAUUACAAUACAAGGUACGGCCCUUGAGAAAAUGUCAUCAAUGAGGAUCAUGAUAAACCGCGCCGCCGCCAGUCGAGUUUCGUCCAGUGUGAGGAGACUAACAGAGCCGGUGGAACGGGCAGUAUUAUUAUCGCAGAACACAUCAAACAAUUUAAGAACUAUGGCUUCAAAGGCAGUAACGAUAGAAAAUAUUAACCCAAAUAUUUUAAAAUUGGAAUAUGCUGUACGAGGACCGUUGGUAAUUCGAGCAGCAGAAAUUGAAAAGGAAUUGGAAAAGGGAGCAAAGAAGCCUUUCAAGAAAGUGAUCAAAGCUAACAUCGGAGACGCCCACGCGAUGGGACAGGUGCCGAUCACGUUCAUCAGACAAGUGUUGGCAUGCGUGUCGCUCCCGGAGCUGAUCGACAAAGCUGACUUCCCGAAAGACGUGAAGCAGCGAGCUCGGGAGAUCCUCGGUGCGUGCGGCGGGCGCUCGGUGGGCGCGUACUCGGCGUCGCACGGCAUCGAGCUGAUCCGGCGCCACGUGGCGCAGUACAUCGCGGCGCGCGACGGCCACCCGGCGCGCUGGCAGGACGUGUGCCUGUCGUCCGGCGCCUCCACCGCCAUCAAGAACUGCCUGCAGCUGCUGUGCAACGACAUCGGCGGGAAGAAGUCGGGUGUAAUGAUCCCGAUCCCCCAGUACCCGCUGUACUCUGCAUCGCUGGCUGAGUACGGACUGCAGCAGGUCGGCUACUAUCUGGACGAGAGCUCCAACUGGGGCCUCAGCAUCGAGGAGCUGGAGCGCUCGCUGAAGGAGGCGCAGAAGACCUGCAACGUGAGGGCGCUGGUCGUCAUCAACCCCGGCAACCCGACCGGACAGGUGCUGACGCGCGCCAACAUCGAGGCCAUCAUCAAGUUCGCGCACAAGCACGGCCUGUUCCUGUUCGCGGACGAGGUGUACCAGGACAACGUGUACGCCAAGGGCAGCCAGUUCUUCUCCUUCAAGAAGGUGCUGUGCGAGCUGGGCCCGGAGGUGGAGUCGCUGGAGCUGGCGUCGUUCAUGUCGGUGAGCAAGGGCUACAUGGGCGAGUGCGGCCUGCGCGGCGGCUGGAUGGAGCUCGUGCACAUGCAGCCCGACGUGCAGCAGCACCUGUUCAAGUGCAUCUCCGCCAUGCUGUGCCCCACCGUGCUGGGCCAGACCGUCGUCGACUGCGUCGCGAAACCGCCGGCCAAAGGCGAGCCCUCGUACGAGCUGUGGAUCAAGGAGAAGACGGCCGUGCUGAGCUCGCUCAACGAGCGCGCACAGAUGAUCGCCGAAGCCUUCAACAACAUGCAGGGCUUCAAGUGCAACGUCGUGCAGGGCGCCAUGUACGCGUUCCCGCAGAUCGCGCUGUCGGAGCGCGCGGUGGGCGCGGCGCGCGCGGCGGCGCUGGCGCCCGACGCCUACUACGCCUCGCGCCUGCUCGAGGACACCGGUAUCUGCGUGGUGCCCGGCAGCGGGUUCGGCCAGGCGCCCGGCACGUACCACUUCCGCACCACCAUCCUGCCGCAGCCCGCCCUGCUCAAGGAGAUGCUGGCCAUCUUCAAGGACUUCCACGAGAAGUUCACGCGCGAGCACGCCUAGGCCCGCGGGCCUCGCGCGCCGCCCGCUCCGCCGCCGCGGGGCGGGGCCUCCCCGACUGAGUGUGAAUAUAGAGGCUUCACGUUUAGUCUCGAUUGGCAAUGUUUCGGAUUUGUAGACCCGUUUAUGCAGUGCACUUGAUUUGUCGUAAAUACUAAACAAAAAGCAACAUUGUCGUGAUGAAUAUAUAGAUAUAUAAAUGCAAUUGUAAACGGUACGAUUGUAAAAUUAGCGGUCGGUAGCGUAUAUCCUGGAGUCUAUUAAGGAUAAUGGUCAAUUUGAGAACGUCUCGACAUUUUUCCAUAUUUGU